CGCGCCGUCUUUGUCUCUUCUCCGUCUUCUUCUAAUCAAUUCCUCGCUACAUUCUAUUGUAAAACCGUCCAUUAUUGACUUCCUCUAUCUUUGUUGUAAUUUGCAGACGUCUUUUGUAUAACUUGUUGCCUGUCUGCUUUCCAACCACCUCAAAUACUCCGAUUUUUCUUCACGUCAACGCGUGUCCGCACGACCACCUCAAAAAAAAUCCAUCACCAUGUCCCACGAGGAAGAUCUGAUCGACUACUCCGACGAGGAGCUCCAGACAACCGAUGCCGCUGCUGCUGCCGCCACCGCCGCCGCGGCUGCAAAUGGCGCCGCUGUGAAAAAAGGUGACUUGACCGUGUCUGGCGCGCGUGCGGACAAGAAGGGUAGCUAUGUUGGCGUCCACUCGACUGGUUUCCGUGACUUCCUGCUGAAGCCGGAGCUUCUGCGUGCGAUCACCGAUUGCGGUUUCGAACAUCCUUCGGAGGUCCAGCAAGUUUGCAUCCCGACCGCCAUCCUCAAAGUCGAUGUUUUGUGCCAGGCAAAGUCCGGUCUGGGAAAGACAGCAGUCUUCGUUUUGACUACCUUGAACCAGCUUGAGCCUGUUCCUGGCGAGUGCUCGAUCCUCGUCAUGUGCCAUACACGAGAGCUUGCCUACCAGAUCAAGAAUGAGUAUGCUAGAUUCAGCAAGUAUCUCCCCGAUGUCAAGACCGCGGUCUUUUACGGUGGAACCCCAAUGCAAAAGGAUAUCGAAGUUCUCUCCUCCAAGGACACCUACCCCAACAUUGUUGUGGGUACACCUGGUCGACUGAACGCUUUGGUCCGCGAAAAGAAGCUUUCCCUUCGAAACAUCAAAGCCUUCGUCCUAGAUGAGUGCGAUAAGAUGCUAGACCAGAUAGACAUGCGACGUGAUGUCCAGGAAAUUUUCCGCUCCACUCCUGCUGACAAGCAAGUCAUGAUGUUUAGCGCCACCCUUUCCCAGGAGAUUCGGCCCAUCUGCAAGAAGUUCAUGCGGAACCCUCUGGAGGUUUACGUGGACGAUGACACCAAGCUAACCCUCCACGGUUUACAGCAAUACUAUAUCAAACUCAGCGAGGCGGAAAAGAACCGGAAACUCAACGAGUUAUUGGAUAAUCUUGAGUUCAACCAAGUCAUCAUCUUCGUCAAGAGCACCCUCCGCGCGAACGAGUUGGACAAGCUUCUGCGUGAAUGCAACUUCCCUAGCAUUGCAGUGCACUCUGGAGUGUCUCAGGAAGAGCGUAUCAAACGUUAUAAGGAAUUUAAAGAAUUCAACAAGCGCAUCUGCGUCGCGACCGAUGUAUUCGGACGUGGUAUCGACAUCGAGCGUAUCAACCUUGCCAUCAAUUACGAUAUGCCGGCUGAUGCCGAUUCAUACCUUCAUCGUGUGGGUCGUGCUGGCCGUUUUGGUACCAAAGGUCUGUCCAUCUCCUUCGUCAGCAGUGAGGACGAUAUGAAGACCCUUAAGGAUAUUGAGAAGCGAUUCGAAGUGGCUCUGCCUGAAUAUCCCGAAGAAGGAGUUGAUGCCAGCACCUACAUGGCGUAAUCUCCUGGCUUUCGUCAGGGAUCGAAGCACUAUGGCCGCUUGCAAUGGAUCGAUUUGAUGAUACUGUAAUUCUCCUCACGGUUCUAAUCUCGUUUCGAAAGAUUUUGUCUCAAUAGCUCAAAAGGGUCCUUCAGGUUCUUUUCUCUGUUUAGUUUUUUUUUCUUUCCUUUUGCUUUCUCCUUUUCUUUUUCUUUCUCUUUUUUUUUUUUUUUCCACAGUGCGCAUUAUCUGGUGUUUUAGUUUUACAACUCACUUUUGCCUCCAACGCCCUAGCGAGUUUGCAAAUAGGGGAUAGGGAAUUACUCGGGGAUAAAAGCCAUUCAAUAAAUGUUGUUAACUUGCUUUGCGCAAUGACUUGGGCGAUGUAUGGGGCCGUUCUCUCUCUCAUCUGGGGGGCUGAAUGUAUUGUUAGGACAGGCGUGCAAAUGGAAGUUUCACUGCUUUGCACUGG